UCAGUGCAGACACAAAGAGUCGCAGAUUAUUGCAGAUUAACCACUCAUGUUAGUCGAAACAAGGAACUUCAGAUUGCUGGUUUACACACAAAAACGACACAAGGUGCUGGAAUAACUAACAGCGGGUCUGACAGCAUCUACAAGACUGCAGAUGCUGGUUAAAAAAAAAAAGAGACAAUGUGCUGAAGUAACUCAGUAGAUCAGGCAGCAUCUCUGGAGGACGGAAAGAUGCCCAACUCUGUCUGUGGUUCAAAAGCCAGAGAACAAGAUAUGGCAAGCUGUCUCAGAGUGGGAACAAGUCAGGGUCUGGUGGCAAAAACUUUACCCGGAGGCAGCAGUGAAUCAUCAACAAAUGGGACUUUAUCAAUUCACAUGCGCUACGAGUGGAGAGGAGACAGCACCAAGAAGCAAAUUAUUAUAAAAUAGUUAUUGUGAAAUUGAUAAAUUUGAUUGUCAUCUUGCUUGCCAUGUCCUGAUGGUCUUGAAAGUUUGUAAAACACAUUUAUUUUCUUCCAGUUUGACAAGAAGAAGCCACUGCCCAGUAUGUCCAGUGAAGAGGAGUUUGAUACACUUGAGGGAACCUCUGGAUCCACCCCCUCCACCAGUCAGCAGCACAGCAAGAGGAGCAGGACCACUGCCAGCUCCACCCCAACAGCAACUGAGGUAGAGGAGAGAGAGGCAAGUCAGCAGGAGCUGAUCAAGGUGCUCAUGCAACAGGCAACCGAGGCCAGGGAGGCCAGAAAGGCCAUGACAAAGCCCCAGACACCACAUGAGAGGGCUGUUGACACCUUCCUGGGAUUCCUAAAGACUGAGCUGCUCAAGAUACCAGAGAAUGUGUGGUUCAACUACACCAUGGCUGCCAUGACGAUGGCCCAUAACUUCUCCCAGCCAACUCAGCAGCAGAUGGGACACAUGGGACAGCAACAGAUGGGACAGCCACAGACAGGACUGAAGGGACCACCACAACAGAUGCCACUGAUGGAACCACCACAUCAGCAGGCUCACCAGCCACAGUCACUGAUGGGACCACCACGGAUGCCACCACCAGUGAUGUCAUGCUCACCGAUUGCCACCUCGCCCAUGGGCAGGCCACCCAGUUCCACAGGACAGCAGCAGCCCUACUCACAGCAACAGUCUACAUCAACUCCAUCACAGCAGUUAACCACUACAUCAACAUACACUGCCUUGCAGCCUGCAAGAUCUAGUAGCUUAUCUGCACUCUCAGCUGCAUUCACAGACUACCCCAGCCUUGACACACCCAGACCUGCACCAGUGACACCAGGGUGUAUCCCCAGAACAGAGACCCAGGAUGCAAGUAGGGACUUGAGUUUGAGCUUUACAGGAAUAAUGGACACAGAUCGCCCAUCAGUGUAAUGUGUCCAUAAAUUAUUUUAAGUCUUGUAUGUUUUUGCACUUGUAUUAUGUUUGAAGUUUAAAGUUUUAAGUUUAUUGAAACUCAACGAUCCUCCUUGGGGUAUGGGAGUACAUAAAUAAUUGAUAAACACCACAUAUAUACGUCAUACAAUAUAUCGUUAACAGUACAAGCAAAAUGAAGAAAGAAAGAAAGAUAACCCGAUUAUUGAAGUUUUGAAUUUUGGGAUUUUUAUUUGUAUCUUUGUCGUGUAAUGUUUGAGCUUACUAUAAGUCUUUUUGUGAAAUCAUGGUUAAAGGUAUCUGUAACAUGCCUGCCAGACCUGUUGAAGUUGCAAGUUUUAUGGAGAGAAAUACAGGGAACGUUGUGAAUAUACGUAAAUACAAUGUCACAGACGUGCCAUUAUUUGAUAUUUAUUGCCUUUUUUAUAGAUUGAUGGGACUGAUCAGACUGAAGGAGGUGCUUAUAGUGAUGAUUCUUACAGAUAAUUUCAAAUUUUAUGUGAUUAUAAUAAAUUUAUUUUUGUAUACACUGUUGUAUGUUCUUUAUAAUGUAAUAAUAAAUCAAACUUUUUUG